AUGCCAAACCAGUCAAAUCAGAAGUCAGAAGUGAAGAGGUUCGAAGCGUACCGCGCAUCAGUGUACGGAUCCACGGGAUUUUCACCUGCGACCUUACUCUUUGGACAUGAAUUACGCCUACCUGUUGAGCUACAAAUACCGUUGUUACCAUGCGAGGCUCAAGAUCAUGUAUUAUACAUCCGUAACCUUCGCAGCCGUCUAGCCGACGCAUAUCACCUAGUUAAGAUCAACCUACAAAAUGCUAGCAAACACCAAAAUGAUGUGUACGACCGCAAGGCGAAUGGACCCGUGUAUAAACCCGGAGAUCGUGUUUGGCUGCACCGUCCUUUGGCCCCACCAGGAACAUGCAGCAAGUUCCACCAACCUUGGAAAGGACCUUAUGAAGAUGUGUUUGCUCGGUCUCCCACUACAUUCGUCCUACGUAACCUCCAAUGGCCCCAAGACGAUGUUAUAACGGCACACUACAACCAAUUGAAGCCAGACAGAACGACGAUGCACUCAGAUACCCCGUUUGUCAAUCCACUGACUGCCGUCAGCCACUAUGAAGUGCCACCAGAAGGAGGGGUAGCAUACCCAUGUCCAGCACUAGGCACUGAGGACAGUGUCUCAUGGAGAGGGGGUAUUGUGACGGUAUUAAAAUCAUUACAUAUGACGUUGCUAAUGGCAACAAAGAGUGAACGUACUAGAAGAAGAGGAACAAGCCUUAAGCAGCCUGAACCUGCAAAACAAUGAAUCAACCCAUUUUGUAAUAAGCUUCCCCCUUUGUACUCGAACCGCGUCUUUCAAUUUGUAAAUAUAUCUGUUGUACCAGUACGCCGUGUUCUUACUUCAGUGGCAUUUACCGGUCCUGACUGUUGUGUUGUGUUUCAGAUCACUCCUGCUUGCAAGUAGACUUUUAUAGUACGGCUGACGUAUCUGAAAAUAAGUUUUCAAAUAUGUCGAGGGAUCUGUAGAGCAG